GCAACAAUUGGCAUUGACUUCUUAUCGAAAACCAUGUAUUUGGAGGAUCGAACAAUCAGGUUGCAGCUGUGGGAUACUGCGGGUCAGGAACGUUUCCGUAGCCUCAUUCCCAGUUACAUCCGUGACUCUGCUGCUGCUGUAGUAGUUUACGAUAUCACAAAUGUAAACUCGUUCCAGCAAACAACAAAAUGGAUUGAUGAUGUCAGAACGGAAAGGGGCAGUGAUGUCAUCAUUAUGCUGGUGGGAAAUAAAACAGAUCUAGCAGAUAAGAGACAAGUGUCCAUUGAGGAAGGCGAGAGAAAAGCCAAAGAGCUGAAUGUAAUGUUCAUUGAAACUAGUGCAAAAGCAGGAUACAACGUAAAACAGGUGAGUCACGCCGUGGCUGCAGCCAGCCCCCAGAGUCCUUCUGUUAACACACCUAUUUCUGUGGAAAAAGGACUUCCCGAGGCGUUGGGAAGGGUGUCGGAGGGUGUUUGUGGUCCGUACACAACAAGCAGCAUCCACGAGGCGACUCGGUGGCUGAGGUUCAGAAGGAUCUCGGACCUUGCAGCAAAGGAGUUGGAACUUUUCUCCCUUAGAAAAGAGGAAUUAUUGAAGAAUCUUUGUGGUGUCAGGGUCAUACCUUCCUGGAUUUUUGAUAAUCCAAAUGUGAUGUUGAGGUCAAAGGGAUUAAGGCGUGAGCCAAAAAGUUGGGGAAACACAGGUCUGAGGACUGUUUCUGAUACCGAUUCGAUGAAUAAACGUGGGCAAACCAGCCAAGGAGGAAUGUGA